CGCCCUGUGUCCCUCUCCGAACCCGGUGGGCGCGCCCAGUCUAAGCUUGCAGGCUUGUCGCCCCGUGGUCUCCGCUCCGACGCCUGGCCCUGUGGUUGCCACCGGCCUUGCGCGUUCUCCCGUGGCGUUUGACAUUUAUCCCCUGCUUGGAGAGAGCGCCGCUGUGCUGAGCGGCAACCCCGGACGCAGACAAUGGAGGCGGCGCUGUCAGUGGCCCGGCUGCCUCCGCACGACCCGAAGACACCCCCACUGUCGGUAGUGGAUAUGCACACGGGCGGCGAGCCCUUGCGCAUCGUGCACGCCGGCUGUCCGGAGGUGGCCGGGCCCACGUUGCUGGCCAAGCGUCGCUACAUGCGUCACCACCUCGACUACGUGCGACGGCGGCUGGUGUUCGAGCCCCGCGGCCACCGGGACAUGUACGGGGCGGUCCUGGUGCCGAGCGAGCUGCCCAACGCGCACCUGGGCGUCUUGUUCCUGCAUAACGAAGGCUACAGCUCCAUGUGCGGCCACGCGGUGCUGGCGCUGGGCCGCUUCGCCAUUGACUUUGGACUGGUGCCUGCUCCCGCAGACGGCGUCCAGGAGGCCCAGGUCAACAUCCACUGCCCAUGCGGGCUCGUGACUGCCUUCGUGGCAUGUGAAGGUGGCCGCAGCCGCGGUCCUGUACGCUUCCACAGCGUCCCGGCCUUCGUCCUGGCCGCAGAUCUCACAGUGGACGUUCCUGGGCAUGGAAAGGUGGUGCUGGACAUCGCGUACGGUGGGGCAUUUUAUGCAUUUGUUAGUGCAGAAAAAUUAGGACUUGACGUGUGUUCUGCAAAGACGAGGGACCUUGUGGAGGCAGCAAGCACGGUGACAGAAGCAGUGAAAGCUCAGUUUAAAAUCAAGCAUCCCGAGAGCGAAGACCUUGGUUUUCUGUAUGGAACUAUUUUAACAGAUGGAAAAGAUGCUUACAGCGAGGAGCCCACCACCAACAUCUGCGUGUUUGCAGAUGAACAGGUCGACAGAAGCCCCACCGGCUCGGGAGUGACAGCCCGAAUUGCUCUGCAGUAUCAUAAGGGCCUUCUGCAGCUGGACCAGACCAGAACCUUCCAAAGCAGCGCAACUGGCUCUGUGUUCACGGGGCGUGCUGUGAGGGAAGGGAAGUGCGGGGAUUUCAAAGCUGUCAUAGUGGAGGUUGCAGGACGAGCCCAUUACACGGGGACAGCAAGCCUGACAGUGGAAGACGACGACCCCUUGAGGGAUGGCUUUCUUCUCAAGUGACCUUGCCCGUGAGCUUUAAGGUUUUCCUUCUAAAGUAAUUACCUGUGAGUGGUGUUUUCUCUGUAUUAUAUGAAAAUCAGCGUCCAGUUACCCAUAUAGGCUAAUUUUAUAAUUUCUAGAACAGUAUACUAAGGCUAAAUGCAAGGCAUUAUUCUUCCUGCUUGCAAACCUUUUGAGCCUAAAUAUCACUGAUGUGGCAUACAAAGUGCAAAAAAAUUCAGAAACGUUUCAAUC